AUGGCGACAAACGAAAGCCCUCAGACUCGGGGUCUUCCCUAUCUCCCUUUGGAGAUCAAGCAACACAUCAUCUCUUUGGCUUCUCGAUCCACUCAGCUCUCCGUUCGCUCAGCUGGCAAGGAGCUGUUCGAGCUCGCCACGGAGCUUGCGUUCUCCGAGCUCCGCCUGGAGAACAAAUGGGAUUGCGAACGGCUCUUCCACGUCUCAAGAUCGCCGAACCUCGUACCACUCGUCAAAAAAAUCAGCUUUUACCCUUGGUUUGAAUGGGUUGGUCAAGAUCACUUCAUCUCGUGGAGGCUUCUUGCAAUCAUGCCGUACAUCAGGUACUUCCCAAACCUGACAAGCAUCUACUUCGGAACCACGACGCAGUUCAUGGAUGAUGUUCAGGCCGAAAAUCACGGGAAGUUCCACGACAACAACUCCAUGGACAGACUCGUCCAACACCUUAUCUACUGUAUAUCGGGCGAACAAGGCGAGUCUCAGUACCAUUUUACAUUAAACGUCAUGCGACACUAUAUUUCGGCGUUGGAACGCGCGGAUGAAGAGGUGCCCUGGAUUCGCCAAGGUCUCAAUGGAGAUGAGGAACAAGAGCUCCAAGAGCUAGACCCGGGACCUAACCACUACAUGGCCCGUCAGGCCCGACUGUUUCCAUACAGCAACCCGAGGCAUCCAGCGAAUGGUAUAUGGACACCACAAGGCCUCAACUUGCUUGAUGACCCGUUGUGGAAGGACUGGAAGAAUUGCCUCGGGCCUCCGAUCCCGCUGCAGUCUCUCAGGAUUGGCGGGCUUACCAAAGAUGGCAUGGCUGGAUACCCAAAUGAUGACGCCUUGGUAAGGUUUAGGCAAUCCUCAAAGUUGACCGAAUUAAGUCUGUGGAUGAAGCCAGAUGAACUGGAGCAUUCCGGGCACUUUGGUUUCAACAGACCUUCGCCCCAAAUGACGAACCUGCCUGUCACGUUUCUACACCCCGACAUGGCCCGGAACCUGGCAACUCUUUCUCUCUACGGAACCUCGAACUGGGGCUGGUUCCCAAGACUCGACCUGCGAGAAAUCAGUCCGAACCCGAGAAAUCCGCUGAAGGGCUGCCUCCCGAAUUUGAGAGUAUUGGCUCUCGGAGGCUUCACAUUCAAUCAGAUGUGGCAGAUCGACUGGGUCGCGUCUCUGGGGAGGGAAGGCGGUGCCCGUCAAGGACUCGAGGAGUUGUAUCUUGACACAUGCAACAUUCUUCAUUCAGCAUUCAGCUACGCGCCCGACAUGGACUCCAACUCUCGCUUCGACGUAUCCGGGUACCCGGCAGAGUGGUCCAUGACUACGACGUUGGACGAAAUGGACGCGUUCGCGCAGAGCCACCUGGAGGACACGACCUUUGGAUUAUGUUGGCACCACAUGUUGAAUUCUUGGCGGGAGAGCAUGACGUCGUUGAAGGUUUUCAAACUGGGCUACGGCGACUGGACUGAUGCCUACAUGGAUUAUGUCGCCGAGGCCAACUGCUCCGACUUGAUGCCGUUCACACGCGAUCCGCGUCUCUCGCGCCGAUUCGGCCGGUAUCGAGAACAGACGUUUUUGAACUACGACUGCCCUACACCGCCACCGUGUGAUACGGCGGACGACGGGAUGACUAGAUUGUACAAGCCAGAAGGCCACCCAGAUCCGUCAAAAUAUGUCCAUGGAGUAGGGAUCCACUCAACAGAGAGGAAGAAACUUCGGCAUGAUAAAGGCGAGUAUUAUCCUGGAUUCGGGUACUGGAAUUACGACGGCGGUGACGAAAGGCUAUGGAUCGCCAGAUUUUCCAAUGACAACUCACCGAUGCGAAAAGAGGACUGGAGGGCGUUGGACAGGUUGCGCGCGGCGGUCAGGGCCAGGUCGCUUCCAUUGGAUGUCUCUGAAUAG